UUGAUCGUUGAAGCAACAUGUAUUUUGUCGUUCAUUUUAUUUCACUGCUUCCUCCAGCAAUAUAAAUCAUAGAAAGCUUAUUACGCUCAACAAAAAGUGUAUUAAUUUUUUUAAAGCAAAUUUUAAAGCAAGUUGUGCAUACAGAAUCUUUCAUAGUGCAUGAUUGAUUAAUAAAAGAUUCGGAUUUGUCGAUUAUCAUAAGUGAUAAGUCAAGCGAUAAAUUUUUUUAUAAACUUGUUAUAUCAUGUUUAAUAGACACGAUAUAAAUGAAAUUCACACAUAUCUAGAGGAUCCGUUCCCGCAUUUUCAAACGGAUCCUAUUGCAGCAACGAAUCCUACCAAAAUGAACAAUAUUAUACCGAUAAUUCCUGAGCCCGUGCGUAAUAUCAUGGAUUUUACGUUGCUGGUGGGAGGCACCAGCCUAAACGCUUUGCUGGCUCUCAUUAUCGUAUCAAAUUCUUCUAUGUACAACUCCACCAACUGCUAUAUAGUGAGCCUGGCAUUAUCAAAUCUGACAAUCCUACUCGAGCCGUUUCAGCAAGUAUUUCGCUGGAUUUUCAAGAUAAAUCUGAUGAUGAAUCUCGACUACAUAUUUUUAGUGAGCUUCGGCGCAUCUAUCCUAACGAUAAUUAUACUAAAUAUCGAAGCGUAUGUUGUUAUUUGCCAGAAAUAUGGGCCCCUUCACAAAUCAUUCGUGAAAAUUUCAACAGCUAUAAAAGGCAUCUUGUUCAUAUGGAUAAUGUGCAUUAUGCUGACAGCUAUGGAACUACACCUCUACGAUCAUUUUGAGAAAGAAAUUGUAUACGACAUCUACGUGUCAUCCACCGUUAUGUUUUUAAUAUUCCCGUGUUUUAUUUUUAUUAUGCUUGACUGCUUCAUUUUGUACGAUCUGGUAAUAUCGAAAUCAAUAAUCGGAACGUGGCCAAGUAAAGAUAUCGAACGUUUCACUUUUCUGGUUGGUAUUACUACUGGAUUUUUUCUAACUAUGAUACCAUAUCGAAUCGUACGAGCUAUUGAUCUCUUAACAAUCUCUUGCUGUAGCGAUACGACGAUAGAGUUAGUUUAUACGAUGGUGAAAAUAUAUCCGAUGAUCCUGCCAAUAAUAUAUUUCAUAAUAUCUAAAGAAUUUCAUCAAGUACUGAAGACAAUGCUAUGUUGUCGACAACAUAAAACUACCGUCAUAGUAUAAAGAAACAAUAAAGAAAGCUCAUACAGAUAUUCAACAGAUAAUGAUAUACCUAUCAAAGUACAUCUCCAUUUGGACAUUAUCUAAUCUAUUUUAUUACACUCUUAUAAAGAUUUCUUACUUUUAUUACACUCUUACGAAGAUUUCUUACUUUUAUCGCGCUUUUGAAUAAUUUACUAUUCCUGAGAAGAACUUAAAAUUCACGUGUGCAAUAAGCAAGUACAUCCGCUCACAUGAGAAAAGAAAGAAGCGACGCGCGUGCAGAGUCUGCACACAAAUUUUCGAAUUCACUGAGCUCUCUGUAUGCAAAUUAGUUCCCUUUGAAGUCUUUCUUCCAAAGAGCAAAAGUCAAACCAGCAUUGUCCUUA